GAAAUAGAGAGAUAGACAGAGGUGGGGGUGGGGGGGUAGAAAGAGAGUGGGAGAGAGAGAGCGCCAGCUUCCGGGAAGACAAUCCUUAAAUACAUCCCGCCCUGCCACGAUCCCCCGCUUUAGCGAGUUCCAGACGACAAUUCAGACGGACAGGGACACGCGUACGCGCGCGCGGACAGAGACACACGCACGCACGAGCUCGCGGACACAGAGACGCACGCGCGGCAGACACGCGCGAAGGCUAAGGAGGGACUCUCCGAGACACUCACCAUUAACCACGGCGCCACUUGAUUCUCUCGAGAAGACUCAACUUCUUCAGCGUGAUCUCCUCGUCCUGCUGCUGAUGCUGCUUCUGCCUCGUCGUCGUCUUCUUUGUGGGGAAGGGUUCUGAGGUCAAGCCGCUGAGAUCCCAGUAAUAAUUCCCAACAUCGUCAACAUCAGCAGCAGCAGCAGUGAACAUCAAUAGCAGCAAACAGCGAAUAGCAGCGACAGGCGAACAGCAGCAGACAGAUUGGCGAGUUUAACAUUUGAGCGACACACCUGUUCCACUUAAACAGGCGACACACGCUUUAAUCAAAGCUUAUCUAGGUAUAUAUAUAUACGCAUAUAUACACACAUAUAUACAUAUAUACACAUAUAUUUGAAAGAGGAGUUAUCUGAGACUCGAAGCUGGGGGUGGGGGGGGGCUACACGCGAUACAUCGUAGCCUACCGUUUUAAUCUCUUAAUCAUCAUCAUUAUUGCCACCUCCAAUAAAAUAAUUAUUUGUAUUGGUUAUAAUAAUCACGAUCGUGAUUUCACUCCGGACUCGUCUUGACUGACGACGGCUAUAACGGCCUCUCCGAAGCGGCCGCCACCACCACCACCACCGCCACCACCACCGCCACCACCGCCACCACCACCACCGCCACCACCGCCGCCACCACCGCCGCCACCACCGCCGCCGCUACGAUGCCCGCUCUCAGCGUCAAACCGUGCAGUUUCUCGGUGCGAGACAUCCUCGGCUUGCGGGACUCGGAGGACGACGACGGCGGCGGUGACUCCGCGUCGGAGAGCAGCGACGCGGGCGAGAGCGCAUCGGGGAUCGAACCUCGCCCCGGUGGCUCGCGGGGAGGCGAGAGACCGCACGCCGAGGAGGAGGAGGAGGAGGCGGAGGAGGAGGAGGCUCCCUUCCGUGGGUUCGAGGACGGCGGCGGCCGCAGGUGGCUGCACGAGGCCGAAGACGACAGCGAUUAUUCGCUUCGCCGCUGCCAGCCGCUGCCUCUGCAGCUCCGCGCGGCGGUCGGUCACGAAUUCACCGCUGGCGUCGGAAGCAAAAGCAGCAGCAACGGCAGCAACGACAGCAGCCGGGGCAUCCUCAUCAGCGGCAAGGACGAGCUGAUGAUGAUGCCGCGCGGCGGUGGCGGCGGCGGCGGCACCGGCGGCGGCACCGGCGGCGCUGGCGACGCGGACGGAGACGUCGACGGGGAGGGCAUGGUCGAGACCGCCGAAGAGGAGACGGAACUUCUGUCGUGCCGCGCGGACGAGGAGCCGGGCAAGAAGCGCAAGCGGCGGGUGCUCUUCUCGAAGGCGCAGACGUUCGAGCUGGAGCGCCGCUUCCGCCACCAGCGCUACCUGUCGGCUCCCGAGCGCGAGCACCUGGCCAGCUUGCUCAAGCUCACCCCGACCCAGGUGAAGAUCUGGUUCCAGAACCACCGCUACAAGAUGAAGCGAGCGCGCGUCGAGCAGGGCAUCCACGCGCUGCACGGCCCCGCGUGCUCCGCGCUGUCACCACGCAGGGUCGUGGUGCCCGUGCUGGUCAGAGACGGAAAGCCGUGCGGCGCAGGCUCGACGGGAAUCUUAGGAGGCGGAGGACUUGCAGGCGGUGGUGGUGGUGGUGGUGGAGGAGGAGGUGACGGACGACUCGAUGGCUCACCAACGUCCUCGCUGCAUCACCACCACCACAACCACAUGCCAUCGGUGGCGGCCGCGGCUGCGGCGGCCGCGGCGGCCGCAGCGGCCGCCGAAAGUCGACUCCGGUUGCUGGAGGUGCAGCCUGAAGCGUUCCAGACUUGCAUCCCCUACGCGCUGUACGGCGCUCACCACGCCACCAAGUACAACCUCCACUUUAGCUACUGCGGCGCGGGCGUGAGCGGCCCCGCUUUGAAGAACGGUGCCAUCCUUCCGAUUCUGAAUCAUCAUCAGCAGCAGCAUCAGCAGCACUGCCGGCAGAGCAAUUGGUAGGGACUUGAACAAUCAUCCGUGCGAUGAAGUGAACACGUGCGCUAAAGAGCUGGCUCUGUCAUGCUACGUACAGACUACACACAUGCAUGUGGAUAUAAUGUAGUAAAGCCUCCAUCGCUGCACGCCACUGUAGACACGUGUGUAUGUAUGUGAGUGUAUAUGUGUGUGUGUCACAUCGCCGCUAGGGAUACAAAGGCGACCGGGCUUUGUGCUGGCCCACCCACCCUCUCGUGUGCCGUGCCGGCCUUCACA